GGGGGGAGGGAGCGCGCUUCCAGGCACUGCCCGGCACUGGCCGCUUCGGGCGGAGCUGCAGGAACUCCCCCCUCAUCCUCGCCGGCCUACCCACGGGGGGAUGAUACAGGCCACCCCACGGGACUUCCCUGGAGUUAGGAUGUCAUACACCAACGAGACGCUGACUCCUGACCUGGUCACUUCAGUUUUGAGGCGUGUGCAGGGAGACGGCUUUAUCCUAACGAGAGUUUCAGGCGGAGAAACUGAGGCACAGGAAAGGCAGGGUGGGCGUGCGUCUUAUCUCCCCAAAGAACUGCAAACUUCUGAAGGAAAGACCAACUGUGCCUCCUACGUCUCUGUAUCCCCGGGGCAGCAGAACACACUGAAAAAAUUUGCAGAUGUUUUGUUGAGCUGAUACCUGGAGAGAAGGUCUUCAAAGAGGAGCAAGGACAGGCGAAUGACCUGAAGCCAGCACGGAGCAGGAAAUAAGAACGUUGGGAGCUGCACGGAAACUUAGAGGUCAUCAAGUCUGACAGCUUUGUGUGUCUGGAGAGGCUCGGGUGCAAGCUCUGGACCAGCCCUCCGAAACCAGUGCACCCUGGACUACCUACUGCAUUCUGGGACAUGUAGUCCUAGAAUAGACCGCGAUGGAGGAAGGACUUUCGGUCGCGAUGCAUGAUGGGAGCCGAGGCGCUGCGACGGCGACGGCCCCGAAAAGGCGGACUCAAAAAGGCUUUCUGGGAUUUGAAGUCCGGGGUUUGUUUCCACUGUCCGGCUGGCGUCCCUGGAGUCCAAGACAGGCGAAUCUUGGCGCAGAGCACGACGGGGCUGGUAGUUCUGUGGCAUCCGCUAGCUCCAGUUUUUCUCUGGGGCCAGGAAGCCUCCCGGACUUCAGAACCCAUAAUCCACGCAUAGGCGAGCAAGAGGGCAGGCAGGCAAGCGGGGCGGGGCGCGGCCUGGGGGGACUCCUUGGAGCCUCCUCCCCAGCUGAGCCUGGGUCUUAACCUGGGAGUCUGGGGCUCGCCGGGCACUCCGUGGUCGCCGUGAUGCAGAAGUAUGAGAAGCUGGAAAAGAUAGGCGAAGGCACCUAUGGAACAGUGUUCAAGGCCAAAAACCGAGAGACGCAUGAAAUUGUAGCACUUAAACGGGUUCGGUUGGAUGACGAUGAUGAGGGGGUACCAAGCUCUGCCCUGAGGGAGAUCUGCCUGCUUAAGGAGCUGAAGCAUAAGAACAUUGUCAGGCUUCAUGAUGUUUUGCACAGUGACAAGAAACUGACCCUGGUUUUUGAGUUCUGUGACCAAGAUCUGAAGAAAUAUUUUGACAGUUGCAAUGGAGACCUGGACCCUGAGAUUGUGAAGUCAUUCCUUUUCCAACUACUGAAAGGCCUUGGAUUCUGCCACAGCCGUAAUGUUUUACACCGGGACCUGAAGCCCCAGAACCUUCUAAUUAACCGGAAUGGGGAGCUCAAGCUUGCUGAUUUUGGCUUGGCUCGAGCCUUCGGGAUCCCUGUUCGAUGUUAUUCUGCAGAGGUGGUCACUUUGUGGUACCGCCCACCAGAUGUCCUGUUUGGGGCCAAACUAUACUCUACUUCCAUUGACAUGUGGUCAGCCGGAUGCAUCUUUGCAGAACUAGCAAAUGCUGGAAGGCCUCUCUUCCCUGGGAAUGAUGUAGAUGACCAGCUGAAGAGGAUCUUUAGAUUGCUGGGGACCCCAACUGAGGAACAGUGGCCUGCUAUGACUAAGCUUCCUGAUUAUAAGCCUUACCCUAUGUAUCCAGCAACAACAUCACUUGUCAAUGUUGUGCCCAAGCUCAAUGCCACAGGGAGGGACCUAUUGCAGAGUAUUUGUGCCAGAGAGGCCAGCUAUGAGCCCAGUGUGUUUCAUUGAAGUCUGGAGGUGAUUUGGGAAGAAGAUGGAUUAUUUUUCUAUUUUCAAAAGACAAUGCAAGUCCUGUCUAAUUCAGAGGGUGCUUAGUACUAAAUAUUAAAAACAGAGUCAAGCCCUCCGAGACAGGAUAAUAGGUCAUCUUCUUAAGUGGCAGAACUAAGAUUGGAACCCAUACCUCCAGAGCCAUUGUCCAGUCUCUUCCUGCCCUCCAGUCAGUCAAUAAAGGUUUAUUAAGCACCUACUAUGUGCCAGGCACUGUGCUAAAGAAUGGAGAUACAAAGUGACAAAAGACAGUCCCUGCCCUCAAGGAUAUACUCCAAACUCUUUGUUUCUAAAUACAUUGCAGCUCCACUGUACUGCCUUCUAUCUUCCUUUUCACUUACCCCAUAUUUCUGUAACUCUGGACCUGACUGAAAAUGGAGAUAGCUUGUUGCUUUUUCUCCCAUCUUUGAGUGGAGAGGUGAGGUAGAAGAACCAUGCUCCAGACCAUUCUUUCCUAAGACUCCCAACAAUCUCAUCUCCACCUCCCCUGUCUAGAACGUUACUCCUAGCAACCUUAGCUUUGGGUCCCAGCUACCCUGGCCAAGUCACUUAACCUUUUCAUGCCUUAGGGUAUAAACAAUGAAGCCAAUGUUUUAUUUAUUUAUUUUAAGCCUUUCCCUUCCCUCUUGGAAUCAAUACUGUGUAUUGGUUCUAAAACAGAAGAGUGGUAAAGGCUAGGCAAUGGGGUUUAAGUGACUUGCCCAGGGUCACACAGCUAGGAAGUUUCUGAGGCCAGAUUUGAACCUCGGACCUCCUGUCUCUAGGCCUGGCUUUCAAUCCACUGAGCCCCAAGACUUUAUGUUUUAGAGAGGGCUCUGACCUUCAUUGGUAGAGGGAAAUCUUAUCCCUAUCCCUUUUAGAUUUCCUCUCACAUCUCCCAGGGCCAUCCAUCUACCAUGAUACCCUUUCCCAAUAACAUCCUAGAUUUUUUUAGGCACCAUGUCCUCAAUGUCAAAACUUUCCUCGUUUUGAUCAACCCCUAUAAAACUGAAAAAGUGGAAUAGUUUGGCAGAAAGAGAAAUAGAUGACAAGUCUCAACUCUGAUGCCUUUCACCUAUGUAAUUGUGGACAAUUUGCCUUAAUUUUUCAGGGUCUCAGUUUCCUCAUUUAUAAAAUGGGGAUAAUAGUACUUGCACUUGUGCAGAAAGCACCUUGUAUGAUCUUGAGGGUAACAGAAAUAUGUAUAAAGUGCUAUAGAAAUGUACAUGUGGGCAAGAUAUAUCAAGACACCAUGAAAUCCCUCCCAUCAAUUCUAACAUACAGAAGCCCCCUCCCCACCCUUUUGCCACUGGAUAAUGAGAUAGGCUGCUUGUUUUCUAGCAUCGAGAGGAUAAGGCCCUGCUUCCCAUGCCCAUCCCCAUCAUCUUGACUCAAAUCAUCAUAGGAUGUAAGAGACUUCUGCUAGGGAGCUUGUAAGGUAUCGAACCUAGAACUUACAGUGACAAGUUUUAGUGAAAGAAGUGACAACUUACGAUGAGUUUCUGCCAGCAGCUAGGUCUAGGGCUGGUGAUAAUCUCCGACUUCCAGGUCAGAGGGAAAAAGUAAGCAGGGAGAGGAUAUGUGCCACUUAGCAAGAAAUGAGAGGAAGGUGCAGCAUCUCUCACAUCCAACCACUUCUUGGGAUUACCAAAAUGGUAGCCUGCAGCACUCAAAGUUCUCUUCCCUCCUUCCCUUUGUAAUAAGUGUAAUGUAUUACCCUAUCCUGGGUUGGGAGUUGGGGGUGGAAAGGAAGAGGAUUCACCAUUUUUAACAGAGCACUCAGCCGAAAGUAAUUAAGCUAUGAUGGUAGAAUUUCAGGCAAUGCAACAGGACACUAAGAUGUUUUUGAACAGAAAGGCCUUCAAGCCUUCAUCCUUGAAAUUUGGUAUUCUCAUAUGUAAGGCCUGUCCAAGCCAGUUUCCCAUGUCAUCCGUAGUGAAACAGUCACUGUCAUCUCAAACAACCACUUUGGUCUCAUGCCAGUCUGGAGCUUUAUUUGGAGAGGGCUAGCAGGGUAGGUACAUGCAGGGAAUGGAGCCCCAAGGGGGCAACAGAUUGGACCUGACUCUAGAGUCGAGUGACCAGGUAGCAGGUCCGGUGUGAAGUAGAAACCGUCCUGGUGACAGCACAAGGUGGAGUGGGAGGCCUAGGAGGGGGUAGGAUAAUACAUCUGGAGGUCAGUUAGGACCAGAUGAAGCUUGACAUAUGUAAACAUCCCCCCCCCACCCCAACUCAGGCUUGCUUCUUUGACUUCCCCUUGCUCACAUACUUCCUUGGAAUGGAAGGAGAGGCACCAGUCAGAGUCCCCUUGUCUUGAUCAGGGGUUCAGGAGGGUGGGAUGGGGUGAUCUCUCAUUACCUGGGGAUAGAGUUGAGGUGGGGUCCUGGGCUUCGGUAGAUGUCAAGUCCUUGUUGGAGCUAUCGUGUGGGAUAUAGGAAGAUAUGAACAGGAAUGGUAGCCAGAUAUUGGGGGGGGGGACCUUUUCAUUCUACUGUUGAGGAAACAGCUCUGGAGUAAUGAAAUGUCUCCACCCAAGUCAUAAAGCUAGUAAGUGCCAGAGACAAGACUUGCACAGGUUCCUGGUUUCCAGGCUGGAGAAUUUUUACAUUUCACCUCUAACCCCCCACUUCCAGAACUGCCCCUGCCUGAUGUCAGUCACUGAAUAGCCAGCCUUCAGGUCCAAUUCUUUGUUUUUAUGCAACCCAGUUCUCCUAAAUUCAGACUUGCAGAUGACUCAAGGAUUUUUCUCCUGUUUUUGACUGGAGAAAUUUGAAAGAUGAGGAACUCUAUUCAGGAGACUGGAAAAAGGGCAGCUUAACAAGACCAAAUGUGUAUAUGUUUGUAUGAAGAUUGAUUUAUACCCAGGUGAAAAAAACACCAGACUUGGGGCUAUAAGGGCUAGUUUCAAUUCUUGAAUGUGAUACUAAUUAACUUCUACCAUGGGAAAGUUAAGAGCCUCAGUUUCCUCAUAAAGUUUUGGCAAUAAUA